AUGGCACCACCCGCAAAUCAUGCGAUGGUCUACGGCGCCUCUGGUCUAGUUGGCUGGUCCAUCAUUCACCAGAUCCUCAGCAAUUACCCCACAAAUGGCAUGUUCUCAAAGGUCACAGCCACUACCAACCGCCCACUCGAUCUAUCAAGUUCAUGUUGGCCUCAGCCCAAGCCAAAUUCGGUACACCCAGAGCUACAGCUUAUUUCCGGGAUUGAUCUCAGUCAGGUUGAUGGGCCGUUUGCAGAGUCGCUGAAAGAGAAAGUAUCGGAUGUCGAGACCGUGACACAUAUCUACUAUCUUGUCUUCACCGCAAUCGACGACGAUAUCGAAGAAGUCGAGACAAAUCGGCGCAUGCUCCAGAAUGUCAUCGAUGCACACACACUACUGAGUCCGAGUCUCAAGUUCGUGGCAUUUGUCGGAGGUACCCGGGGCUACGGGAUUUACGCACCCGGUGGUACAUUCACCCCACCUCUCGAAGAGGAAAUGGUCUCAAACCUCCCACCCGACUACGCAAAGACAGUCGUAUAUCCAGCCUACCGGGAACUACUCAGCGAAGCGAGUACGGGAAAAAGCUGGACAUGGUGUGAAGUUUGCCCGGAUGCGAUCAUCGGAUUCACACCCAAUGGCUCGCAAUUCAGUCUCGCCCUCCACUGGGCGCAGUACCUCUCCCUAUACGCAUACAACCACGGUAUCGGACCUCGUGCGGAGGGCAAAAUCCACGAACGUGUGAAGGUCCCAUUUCCUGGAAACACCGCAGGCGCGAACUCUCUAUUCACUCCAGCCUCAAGCAAAACCAUCGCGCGCUUCAUGAUCGAGGCGUCCCUCCAGCCUGACAAGUGCGGUAUUGGCCGACUAUUUAAUAUUGCCGACAAUCAGAGGCCAUGUACAUAUGGCGAACUCUGGCCGCAAUUAGCAAAAUGGUUCGGGCUCGAGGGAGUGGUACCGACCGAGGGUUCGACGGGCCAUGACAAGAACAAGCUAAAAGUAGGUGAGCUUCCAGAGUCGACUUCAUCCCUGCGGCCUGGUGAAUACGUUUCAAAGUACCGGGGAAUCUUCUCUCAACACGGUUGCGAGAAUGCCGUACGUGCUGGAGUUGGGGCGGGAAAUCGACAGCUGGAUAGUGUGGGAUAUUGGUUGACGUUUGAUCGGCAAAUGAGCAUUGAUAAAAUGAGAAGUACCGGUAUUGGUGGCGAUGUAGAUCCUGUGGAUGGCUGGAUCGAAAGCUUUGAAAUGUUCAGACGUGCAGGUCUGAUCCUCUAA